AUGCAUAACAUUUGGAUAUUGUGGUUGUUUGCGGCAGCGGCAUUUGUGGCUGUCUCCUGUGACGACCUCGACGACUUUCCUUUGGACGGCGUCGGUAACGACGAUGUGACAGACAAUGACGAGUCUCCUAAUACAACAGUAGAAGGUGAAAUGCCCAUGUCCAAUCUCGAUAUGGACGAAGUACCGUCAGAUGAGUCCGUAAAUAUGGCGGAUCGAAAAUCCGACAGUAUGCAAAAACUAGUGCAGUCGGCGAUGCGGAAACCUGGUAUGAAGGAACGACUGGCUCAAGUCGUGCCCAUCAUCAAGGCUAUGACCCCAGCGCAGAGGCUCGCACUCGCCGGCAUGGUGAUGGGUAAGGGCCAAUCGCAGAACCUCAACAACAAGGCGCUGAACGCGCAACUCCUAUUGCCCAUCAGCCAAGACAUAGCGGCUAUGCUGAGGAACGGCCAGUCGACCUCGGGCGGCGGCGGCUCGUCGGCCAGGGCGUCAUCCGGAUACGGGUCUUACCAUUUGUCCGUUCCUCCUAAUCGCCUCCGAAUGCCGAAUACAUUGAUCCGCCGGUUUCCGCAGCGGAUUAUUGAACGACCGGGUAUGAAGAGACCCUACUCGCCGCCUGCAACUGUACUUAGACAACCCAGCAAGGUACCGGAAUCGCCGCCCACCUCUGAAAGCCCACUGGAUGACUGCGACUUGUUCGGUGAUAACAUUUGUCUGAACGUUCAAGCAUACCCCGAUCUGGAAAUUAUUGAAAGCAUUGAAGAUACAGCCAAUAGUAGAGCAGCAUUUCAAGCAUUAAUUAAGGAUCCUAAAUAUAAUAUUUCUGAUUCCUUCGAUGCAAAUAUAUCUGAAAGAAGAAUUGAUGGUAAUACUGAAGUUGCAAUCUGUCAAAGUAAAGUAGCGAUGGCUAGACCAAAAAAAGCUCGAUCAACAAACGGUCAAUGGAAAUACGUGGUAAACACCGAUGAGUAUGUUCAAACUCUACGACUUGAAAAAUGCUCGAAACCAGAAACCAGAUGUUCUCAUGUCUCCACAAAAUUCAAAUCUACGUGUCAUCAGGUGUAUAAUUAUCAUAGGUUACUUACUUGGGACCAAUUCUCUGGAUUAACGAUGGAUAUAUUUAAGGUGCCCACGUGUUGUGCUUGUCAUAUUCAAGAACUGAAUCCACUAGCUCCAGAUAACUUCGAGUCACACAAUUCCGUUGCAGAAGAUCAACAUACACUCUCUUCAAACACUAAUCAAAAAAAGUUAGCACCUAAUAAACGAGUACAACAAACUACUAGCCCUUCCCAAUAUACGGUGCAUGAAACACUCCCUGCUAAAUACCCACCAGUAACUAGGAGACCAUACAAGAAAAACCAGAAUAAAUUGACGACUCAAAACACUCCAACCGAACCGCCAGAUCCGUAUCAAACUACUAGGACCAAUUACAACUAUCACCCGAUUAUGGAAUAUUUUGUAUCUCCACAACCGCCAUCACCACCCGAAGUUCGGAAGCAGGAUCUUAUGCAGCGCAAAGCCGAUUUGAUGGCUCCCAAUACCGAAUUCCAAACGCCUAGCAACGGUUGGACUCCCAUGGCAGAAGAGUUUGGCCCAAGACACUUGAAAUAA